GAAAACACCAGCCUUUUCUUAGCUACAAUCAGUUCAUUGGACCCCAAAACAUCCACUCUUGCUUUCUCUCUCCAUAGAUGCUGCCAGACCUGCUGGGUUUCUCCGGCGCUUUCUCUCUCAUGGUGUUCCCUUCUAUUCUUUCACCUCCUCCUUCCCUCCCCUCCCCUAUUACUCCCCCACCCCAUCACUAGAUUUAUCCCUCCCCUUCUCUCUCUCUCUCUCUCUCUCGUGGUAAAAGGCUUUUGCAUUCGUACGGCUCAGCCUGGCCACAGUAAGUGAGUGUGUGUGUGUGUGUGUAUGUCUUUCUGCUGAUGAGAAUCCAGGAUUUUGGAGAUUGUUGAUUCGGAUUUCAUCCGUGUGUUUGAAAAUCUUCGUCAAGGCAGAUGGACAAGGUACCGGAGACGAAUAUCAUCACCCACCCUCCCUGGACUCUCUGAACUCCCUCUAGUUUGGACCUCAAGCCGUCAUUAAUUCUGGGCUGCCCUUGGAGUCCAUCAUCACCUUUUUAUUUGUUUUCCAACAGUAGCCCCCAUCCCUUUCACACCCACCAUCCUUUAUUUCUGUUUGGAGAUAUCUACUGGGGAGGAGGGGAGCUUGAAAUUGGCCAAUUCUGCAUCUAGAUUUCUCAAAUCCCUCCUUUCCUGGAAACACCACCAACCCUCCUCUCUCGCUGCUGACAUCGCUGGACUGAGAUAUGAGCAGGAACCGAGUGGAUUUCCCGGACAGGCUACACCGAGAGAAGCUGUUCCGUUCUCUGGAUUGACUCUCCAUCCCUCUCUCUUCCUUUCUCGAGGAUGGAAACUUGGAUCCUGCUUUUCACUGUGCUGGUCCCACCCAGCUUGGUCUCAGAAUCUCGGAAUAUCACCAGAGGAUGCCGGAAGAUCAGGCCACCCCCGGACGGUGGGAUCCGUUAUCCCGGGCUGACCCAGGAGCAGAUCCACUCCAUUGAGAUCCUGCCUGUGGCCUACGAGAUCGAGUUUGUCUGCAGGAUCAACCGGGAGCUUGAUGGGCCUCGGGUCCGCAAGUGUUUGGCUAAUGGCAUGUGGACAGAGAUGGAGAAACGCAGCCGCUGCUUGAGAAACUGCUCCAGGCUGGCCUUGAAGUUGGAAAACGGCCACGUGGUCACCAGAAGCCCAACCAGAACUCCAGUGGAGGGCACCGUUGUGGAAUAUCGCUGUAAUCCUGGAUUCAUCCUGGUCGGCAGCUCGAGUCUAGUUUGCAACAAAUACGGCAAGUGGAACGCCAGCAAACCCAUCUGUAAAGUGGACAGGACAGUGAACCGCCUGCCACACAGCAGCAAGCAGACCCUGUACAUUGGAGCCCUGUUCCCCAUGAGCGGGGGCUGGCCGGGGGGACAGGCUUGUCUCCCGGCCGCUCAGAUGGCCCUUCGGGAUGUCAACAACCGCUCGGACAUUCUGCGGGACUACGAGCUGCAACUGAUCUACCAUGACAGCAAGUGUGACCCGGGGAAAUCCACCAAGUAUCUGUACGAGCUGCUCUACAACGAGCCCAUGAAGAUUGUCCUCAUGCCUGGGUGCAGUGGUGUCUCAACUCUAGUGGCUGAGGCAGCCCGGAUGUGGAAUCUGAUUGUGCUCUCGUAUGGAUCCAGCUCCCCGGCUCUCUCCAACCGCCAACGCUUCCCCACCUUCUUCCGGACUCACCCGUCCGCCACCCUCCACAACCCCACCCGGGUCAAGCUCUUCAAGAGGUGGGGUUGGACGAAGAUUGCCACCAUCCAGCAGACGACGGAAGUCUUCACCUCGACUUUGGACGAUUUGGAGCAGCGGGUGAAGGAGGCUGGGAUUGAGAUCAGUGUGCGGCAGAGCUUCCUGACAGACCCUGGUGUGGCUGUCAAAAACCUCAAGAGACAAGAUGCCCGCAUCAUCGUUGGAUUAUUCUACGAGACCGAGGCAAGGAAAGUUUUCUGUGAGGUGUACAAAGAGAAGCUGUACGGUAAGAAAUACGUCUGGUUCCUGAUCGGCUGGUAUGCUGACAACUGGUUCAAGACCCAAGACAACAACAUCAACUGCACGAUGCAGCAAAUGACUGAGGCUGUGGAGGGACACCUCACCACAGAGAUCCUCAUGGUUAACCCCACCAACAGCAGGGGGAUCUCCAAAAUGACUUCCCAGGAAUUCUUGGAGAAAUUGCAGACUGUAAUCGAGAAAUCACCGGAGGAGACUGGGGGCUACCAGGAGGCUCCCUUGGCAUAUGAUGCUAUCUGGGCGCUGGCCCUGGCCCUAAACAAAACAGCUCAGGAGCUGGAGAAGAAACAGAUGCGUUUGGAUCAGUUCAACUAUCACAGUCAGAACAGAGCCAUCACAGACGAGCUUUACAAAGCUAUGAAUUCCUCCUCUUUUGAUGGAGUCUCGGGACACGUGGUGUUCGAUGCCAGUGGAUCUCGGAUGGCCUGGACAAUGGUUGAGCAACUGCAAGAUGCUAAAUAUGUGAAGAUUGGUUACUAUGACAGCACAAACGACAACAUGUCCUUCUUUGGCACUGACCGCUGGUUUGGUGGGACCCCUCCCGCUGACCACACAAAGGUCAUCCCAACUUUCCGAUACUUAUCCCAGAAGCUAUUUGUUUCGGUCUCAGUUCUGGCUGGGCUGGGGAUUUUGCUGGGUAUCAUCUGCCUCAGCUUUAACAUCUAUAACAGUAACGUCCGGUACAUUCAGAACUCCCAGCCCUACCUGAAUAACAUGACAGCAGUGGGAUGCACACUUGCCUUGGCAGCUGUAUUCCCGCUCGGACUGGAUGGCUAUCACAUCCACCAGUGGCACUUCCCCCUUGUUUGCCAGGCUCGAGUGUGGCUACUCGGCCUGGGCUUCAGCCUAGCUUACGGCAGCAUGUUCACCAAGAUCUGGUGGGUCCACACCGUGUUUACCAAAAAGGAUGACAAGAAGGAGAAACGGAAACACCUGGAGCCCUGGAAACUCUACGCCACGGUCAGUGUGCUGCUCAUUAUUGACGUCCUCACGCUGGCAGUCUGGCAAAUUGUUGACCCGCUUCACCGUACCAUUGAGGAGUUCUCGAAGGAGGCCCCCGCGGGGGACCAGGGUGUUCUGAUCCUGCCGCAGCUCGAGCACUGCAGCUCCGACAAGAUGAACACUUGGCUCGGAAUUGUCUAUGGAUACAAGGGCCUAUUGCUGCUCCUGGGGAUAUUCCUGGCCUAUGAGACGAAGAGCGUUUCCACAGAGAAGAUCAAUGACCACCGGGCAGUGGGGAUGGCCAUUUACAACGUCGCUGUGCUUUGUAUGAUCACUGCCCCAGUUACCAUGAUUGUUAGCAGUCAGCAGGAUGCUGCCUUCGCCUUCGCUUCCCUCGCUGUCGUGUUCUCUGUCUACAUCACGCUGGUGGUCCUGUUUGUCCCCAAGAUGCGGAGACUGAUCACCCGAGGAGAGUGGCAAUCCGAGCAGCAGGACACCAUGAAGACCGGCUCCUCCACUAACAACAAUGACGAGGAGAAAUCGCGGCAACUGGAGAAGGAGAACCGGGAGCUGGAGAAAAUCAUCGUUGAGAAAGAAGAGCGGAUCCUGGAGCUCCGCCAGCAGCUCCACGAGAGGCAGCAGCUCCGCUCCCGGCGCCGCCCAUCCGCCGCCGCCGUUGCCGUCUCCAAGGAGAGCUACGCCGACAACCACUACGGCAACUCGUCGGCCGGAACCGUCUCUUCCCUGUACCAGCCCAACCCGCCCCUGGUGCAGAGGCUGGCUUGCGCCGAGCCGGCCGACAAGAUGGCCAGGAACAACUGCGACGGUAGCCGGGUCCACCUCCUGUACAAGUGACAGGGGCCGGGGAGGCGCCGGCCAGAGGAUCCUCAAGUCCCACGGAUGAGACUUAGCAUCAGCCCUCACUUAUCGAGAACCUGCGUUCCCCAGCCACCGCCCGUCAACAUUUGCACCAGGGGAAUCAUUCACACCGGGGCUUUUGGAAAGGAUGCGCUCCCUGGCCGGCCUCAGUUUCACAAAGACCCAUCCCAAAGUCGCAGAGACUCCAAAGUCUUCUGAGCUUUAAAGGUUCUUGUGAAAUUACAAGCGACUGAGGGUUUUACAAACUUGUCACUGGGUUCAGUUUCGACUUCUCUCUUCGGACCCAGGAAGGUGGGUGAGGAUAGUUAGGAGGAUUCAGUGUUGUUAAAAUGAUACAUGGACCUCAUCAACCGUCACUCCAAACAGAACAUAGGUAAUGAGUUCACCCUGCCGGGAGGAAACCAGGCAAAGGCCACAUGCUCUGGUACACCCCCACUCCACUUUAGGAGUAUGUUAUUAUUUACAAUAAUUCAAGAGCUUCAAUCAGCUUAGUUCAAUGUCUCGCAGCUAGGCUGAUGGGUACAUGAUCCUUGGGAAAGCACUUGCUGAUGUCAAGUCUUGGAGCAGUCCGCCCGGACUGAUGGAUCCUAUUCAUGGAGCUGAGGGCAAGUGUGGCACCAGCUAAUGAAGCUGUUUAACCCAGAGCCCAGACGCAAAAAGAGGCGCGUUGCAGGAGAUUACCGUCUCACCUUCAUCAGAACAAGUGCAAGAAUGCCAAAUUUCAAAACGAUUUUUAGUUCUGGAAGGAAAGGGUACUGAUUGGCCAAAACGUGGGCAAGCAACGGGGACUUGGAUGCAAGGCAAAACUCUUCUGUAGCGACUGUUAUCUGUUGGAUGAUGUUUUGAGUUCUGCACAACCGCACCAAGAGCGAAGGUGUUGCUCGAACCACUCGCGGAAAUGGGCAGCGUCGCCUUUCGACUGAGAGGACUUCAGGAGCGCGGAAUAUCAUCCUGCGGGAGACCAGCACCUAAUAGAGUUGCUGCCCCCUGAUCAAUUCUGGUGCGAUCCCGUUGGUUUACUGAACAAAAGAAUAAGAGCUGUUUCCACCAUAGUUGUGCUGCUGUUCAUUGCUUUCACAACCCACGCAGCGCCCUCGACCUACUACAACGGUAACUCAAUCCAUUCUGACAGUGAACCUUUUCUUUACUUUAGAAUGUUAAAGUUGUCCUAACUGUAUCGCUACAAAAAGGCUCAUAGUGGCUGCUUGACUGCUACCUCAUAUUGUACAAACUUUAGGGUUGCUGUCAUGGCUUCUCGCUGCGUUGUCCUGUUGGAUGGUGAUCAUUGUACAGUGUAUGUUGCACAAGCCAAUUAGGAUUUGACAUCUCAAGACGCAUGGAUGACUUUAACACCGCACGCUCUGUAAUCGGAACACACUUAUUUAUAAUAAAAUGCUUCUGUACACUC